AUGUCUUUAGAGGCACUACCCAAUGAAGUGUUAUUCGAUGUAUUCAAACUUCUUUUAACUCCUGAUUUUCUUCAGUCAUUUUCUCAGCUCAACAGCCGUUUCGAUCGUCUCAUUUGUAGCCAUCUACAAAAUCAUAAAUGGAUUGAUCUUCGAGCGACAACAAAAUACCAUUUUGAUCUUUUCUGGACACAACUUCUUCCACCACUGGUCACUCAAAUUACUUCACUUACUUUGUCGAACGACUUUAAUACUCCCGAUCAAGUUCAACAGUUCUAUUCACAUGGAUUCACAUUAGGUCAAUUUACUAGUUUACAAUCACUUUCACUAUCCCAUAUCCAAUCAAAUGAAAUCAUGAAUCAGGUGCUAAGAGAUUUGCCUCAGCUCUUGACUUUGACUCAUCUCACGUUUGAUAAAUGCAAAAUUGAUCAUUAUUUGUGGGCAAACAUUGUUUGGGGUUUACCUAAACUUGUUUACUUCAAUUUCAAGCCAUACUCUUCUUCAUAUCGGACUUUCCAUACACCAAAAGUAACUUCAUCAACCAUCAAAUCUGUACAUGACUUUUCCUAUGCAUAUGCCACACGUAUGAUCGACUUGGCGCAACGAACACCACAACUUCGACACUUAUCCAUUCGUAUUGAUGCUUUUCUUUCGGUUAAUGAUGUGUCAAAAAGCCUGCACUCGAUAACGCAAUUGAAUUUAUUAUUUAUGACCUACAGUUUUAACUUACUACUGAAUAUUUUACGCCGAAUACCGAAUCUAACUCAUUUAAAAUUAGACAUGGGAAGCCAUUUUAUCGAUGCACAAAUCUGGCAAGGGUUGAUUCAGAAGCAUAUGAUGAAACUAAAAUAUUUACAGUUUAGGAUGAUUUUCACAGUUCUCGCAAACAACACCAUCGUAAGACAAGAAGUGGAGAAAGUUGUUGCUUCUUUUCAAAAUUCGUUUUGGCUUGCUGAACAUCGAUGGUUUGUUCAGUGUGAUUGGAAUCCGCAAAAUAGAAAGUGUUACAUCUACACUUUGCCAUAUGCAUUUGACAGUUUUUAUGCUGACUUUCAAAUUUACUCGAAGUCCACUUGUACAUCAGAUAAUGCUGAAUGUCGCUUCGAACGCGUGCGUAGACUGAUGCUUAAUACUACUUCUUACCAACUUUAUGAAUGUUUGACUUUAUCUCACAUUCACUUUCCUAGUAUCGAACAUAUCAGUAUAGAACUUGCUGCGAAGAAUCGUUUCUUGUAUAUGAACGAACAAGACGAUGCAUCGAUCCAUGAAUAUGAAUUAAAAUGUGUGAAUAAACUACAACACUUGAUAGAACAAUAUCAACGCUUGACUUCGUUACAUUUCAUCAAUUGGCCUUUAGCGAUUCUGAAGUUAUCUCAAUGCAAUAUCAAGAAUGUGUCAAUAUUCGACUUGAAUUCGUGGUGUAAUACAGACCAUAAAUGUUAUUAUACUAUACAACAAUGUGAUCAACUUAGUCGCUCAACACUUGGUAUGCAAUGUCGAAUUUUGGCUGUCUAUGUCGAAGAUUGGACAUGUGUUCAUGAUCUCAUUAUGAAAAUGAGCAAUCUUCAAAGAUUAAAUGUUCACUAUCGAUAUAAUCGGCCGAACUCUAGUGAAACUUCGAUCGACCAAGAUCUAGUGGAAUGGUUAAAGAAAAAUACACAGCAUCUACUUACUGAUAUCACAAAUAUCACUGGUGGAACAGAUGCGCAUAGAGGGUACUUAUCUAUUGAACGUCCAUAA